AUGUCACAACUACAACUCAUCAAUCCGAACGACCUUGAAAUUUUCGUCACCAAAAUUCUUGUCGCAAAUGGCACCUCCACCACACAUGCAGAGAUAGUUUCCAAAUGCCUCGUCUCCGCCGACUUGCGCGGCGUAGACACACACGGCAGCAACCGAAUCCCCUCCUACAUGGAGCGCAUCCGACAAAAAGCCCUCGACGCCACGGCCACCCCGACAAUCGAGCAAAAAACGCCCGUGGCAGCUCAAGUCGAUGGCCACAAUGGCUUCGGCUUUGUAGCCGCUCACAUGGCCAUGGCGCGGGCGAUCGAGAUGGCACAGACCUUCGGCAUGGGAAUGGUGUCCGUCAAACACUCGAACCAUUUCGGCAUGUCCGCGUGGCUCGUCAAGCAGGCGUUAGACGCGGGGAUGAUGUCACUUGUGUUUACGAAUAGUUCGCCUGCGCUUCCGGUCUGGGGUGGACGGGAGAAACUGAUGGGGGUUUCGCCGAUAGCGUGUGGGGCUCCGAGCGGGGACGGGACGAGGCCGUUUAUCUUGGAUAUGGCGCCUUCAAUUGCGGCUCGAGGAAAGAUUUAUAAGGCUUUGAGGAGAGGGGAGAAGAUUCCCGAGGAUUGGGCCUUGGAUAAAGAUGGAAAUCGGACGGAUGAUCCGGCCAAGGCACUUGACGGGGUCAUGUUACCCAUGGGGGGACCCAAGGGGUCUGCGCUAUCGAUCAUGAUGGAUGUCUUCUCGGGAGUCUUUUCUGGGGCUGCGUUUGCUGGACAUGUGACCAAUCCUUAUGAUCCGUCGAAGCCUGCCGAUGUUGGGCAUUUCAUUGUGGCUAUCAAGCCGGAUUUAUUCAUGAGUAUGGAGGAGUUUAAGGAACGGAUGGACUAUCUUUACAAGAGAGUUGUAGAGUCAGAGAAGAUGACGGGUGUGGAGCGGAUCUAUUUCCCUGGAGAAUUGGAGAUCAUUACCGAGGAGGAAAGAUUGGUCGAGGGAAUCCCUUUUGCAGAGGCUGAGAUUGCAAGCCUGAACAAGGAGGCCGAUUUGGUUGGCGUUGAACAUCUCAAGGUGCAGUCCAGGAGAUAA